CAACGAUGAUUGAGUCCAUUAAGCACAUAUUUGUGCGGAUUUAUUCCGGGUCAAUUUUUGGCAGAUUCCAAAGGGGUACCAUCACAGAUUUCGUGCGAUUUAUCCGUAAUGCCAUUUUCUUUCGAUUCUGGAGGCUACAGAUCAGGGAAUCAGUCCGAGGCUAUUCUCCACCGAUAAUGAAGUCUAUUGAUCUUAUUCUCCACGGAUGAUAAGCCUGUUAAGCAUCGAUUUGGGCCAAUUUAUUUUCAGAUGGCAUUUUCGUAAUUUCUUGGGCGACGAGAAGCCAUUUUCUUUGGAUAUUGAAGGCUACAGAUCACGGAUUCGUCCUGAGGCUAUUCUCCAACGAUGAUUGAGUCCAUUAAGCACAGAUUUUGGCGGAUUUAUUCCGGGUCAAUUUUAGGCAGAUUCCAAAGGGGUACCAUCACAGAUUUCGGGCGAUUUAUCCGAAAUGCCAUUUUCUUUCGAUUCUAGAGGCUACAUAUCACGGAAUCAGGCCGAGGCUAUUCUCCACCGAUAAUGAAGUAUAUUGAUACUAUUCUCCACGGAUGAUAAGCCCGUCAAACAUCGAUUUGGGCCAAUUUGUUUUCGGAUGGCAUUUUCGUAAUUUCUUGGGCGACGAGAAGCCAUUUUCUUUGGAUAUUGAAGGCUAUAGAUCACGGAUUCGGCCUGAGGCUAUUCUCCAACGAUGAUUGAGUCCAUUAAGCACAUAUUUGUGCGGAUUUAUUCCGGGUCAAUUUUUGGCAGAUUCCAAAGGGGUAGCAUCACAGAUUUCGGGCGAUUUAUCCGUAAUGCCAUUUUCUUUCGAUUCUGGAGGUUACAGAUCACGGAAUCAGGGCGAGGCUAUUCUCCACCGAUAAUGAAGUCUAUUGAUCCUACUCUCCAUGGAUGAUAAGCCCGUUAAGCAUCGAUUUGGGCCCAUUUAUUUUCGUAUAACAUUUUCGUAAUUUCUUGGGCGACGAAAGACAAUUUUCUUUGGAUAUUGAAGGCUACAGAUUACGGAUUCGUUCUGAGGCUAUUCUCCAACGAUGAUUGAGUCCAUUAAGCACCGAUUUGGGCAGAUUUAUUUCGGGUCAAUUUUUGGCAGAUUCCGAAGGGGUACCAUCACAGAUUUUGGGCGAUUUAUCCGUAAUGCCAUUUUCUUUCGAUUCUGGAGGCUACAGAUCAUGGAAUCAGGCCGAGGCUAUUCUCCACCGAUAAUGAAGUCUAUUGAUCCUAUUCCCCACGGAUGAUAAGCCCGUUAAGCAUUGAUUUGGGCCAAUUUCUUUUCGGAUUCCAUUUUCGUAAUUUCUUGGGCGACGAAAGGCCAUUUUCUUUGGAUAUUGAAUGCUACAGAUCACGGAUUCGGCCUGAGGCUAUUCUCCAACGAUGAUUGAGUCCAUUAAGCACAUAUUUGGGCGGAUUUAUUCCGGGUCAAUUUUUGGCAGAUUCCAAAGGGGUAGCAUCACAGAUUUCGGGCGAUUUAUCCGUAAUGCCAUUUUCUUUCGAUUCUGGAGGUUACAGAUCACGGAAUCAGGGCGAGGCUAUUCUCCACCGAUAAUGAAGUCUAUUGAUCCUACUCUCCACGGAUGAUAAGCCCGUUAAGCAUCGAUUUGGGCCAAUUUAUUUUCGUAUAACAUUUUUGUAAUUUCUUGGGCGACGAAAGACCAUUUUCUUUGGAUAUUGAAGGCUACAGAUCACGGAUUCGUCCUGAGGCUAUUCUCCAACGAUGAUUGAGUCCUUUAAGCACCGAUUUAGGCGGAUUAAUUCCGGGUCAAUUUUUGGCAAAUUCCAAAGUGGUGCCAUCACAGAUUUCGGUCAAUUUAUCCGAAAUGCCAUUUUCUUUCGAUUCUGGAGGCUACAGAUCAGGGAAUCAGUCCGAGGCUAUUCUCCACCGAUAAUGAAGUCUAUUGAUCCUAUUCUCCACAGAUGAUAAGCCCGUUAAGCAUCGAUUUGGGCCAAUUUAUUUUUGGAGGGAAUUUUCGUAAUUUCUUUGGCGACGAAAGGCCAUUUUCUUUGGAUAUUGAAGGGUACAGAUCACGGAUUCGGCCUGAGGCUAUUCUCCAACGAUGAUUGAGUCCAUUAAGCACCGAUUUGGGCGGAUUUAUUGUGGGUCAAUUUUUGGCAGAUUCCAAAGGGGUACCAUCACAGAUUUCGGGCAAUUUAUCCGUAAAGCCAUUUUCUUUCGAUUCUGGAGGCUACAGAUCAUGGAAUCAGGCCGAGGCAAUUCUCCAACGAUAAUGAAGUCUAUUGAUCCUAUUCUCCACGGAUGAUAAGCCCGUUAAGCAUUGAUUUGGGCCAAUUUAUUUUCGGAUGGCAUUUUCAUAAUUUCUUGGGCGACGAAAGGCCAUUUUCUUUUGAUAUUGAAGGCUACAGAUCACGGAUUCGGCCUGAGGCUAUUCUCCAACGAUGAUUGAGUCCAUUAAGCACCGAUUUGGGCGGAUUUAUUGUGGGUCAAUUUUUGGCAGAUUCCAAAGGGGUACCAUCACAGAUUUCGUGCGAUUUAUCCGUAAUGCCAUUUUCUUUCGAUUCUGGAGGCUACAGAUCACGGAAUCAAGCCGAGGCUAUUCUCCACCGAUAAUGAAGUCUAUUGAUCCUAUUCUCCACGGAUGAUAAGUCCGUUAAGCAUCGAUUUGGGCCAAUUUAUUUUCGGAGGGAAUUUUCGUAAUUUCUUUGGCGACGAAAGGCCAUUUUCUUUUGAUAUUGAAGGCUACAGAUCACGGAUUCGGCCUGAGGCUAUUCUCCAACGAUGAUUGAGUCCAUUAAGCACCGAUAUAGGCGGAUUUAUUCCUGGUCAAUUUUUAGCAGAUUCCAAAGGGGUACCAUCACAGAUUUCGGGCGAUUUAUCCGAAAUGCCAUUUUCUUUCGAUUCUAGAGGCUACAGAUCACGUAAUCAGGGCGAGGCUAUUCUCCACCGAUAAUGAAGUCUAUUGAUCCUAUUCUCCACGGAUGAUAAGCCCGUUAAGGAUCGAUUUGUGCCAAUUUAUUUUCGGAUGGCAUUUUCAUAAUUUCUUGGGCGACGAAAGGCCAUUUUCUUUUGAUAUUGAAGGCUACAGAUCAUGGAUUCGGCCUGAGGCUAUUCUCCAACGAUGAUUGAGUCCAUUAAGCACCAAUUUAGGCGGAUUUAUUCCGGCUCAAUUUUUGGCAGAUUCCAAAGGGGUACCAUCACAGAUUUCGUGCGAUUUAUCCGUAAUGCCAUUUUCUUUCAAUUCUGGAGGCUACAGAUCACGGAAUCAGGCCGAGGCUAUUCCACCGAUAAUGAAGUCUAUUAAUCCUACUCUCCACGGAUGAUAAGCCUGUUAAGCAUCGAUUUGGGCCAAUUUAUUUUCGGAUGACAUUUUCGUAAUUUCUUGGGCGACGAAAGAACAUUUUCUUUGGAUAUUGAUGGCUACAGAUCACGGAUUCGUCCUGAGGCUAUUCUCCAACGAUGAUUGAGUCCAUUAAGCACCGAUUUAGACGGAUUUAUUCCGGGUCAAUUUUUGGCAGAUUCCAAAGGGGUGCAAUCACAGAUUUCGGUCAAUUUAUCCGAAAUGCCAUUUUCUUUCGAUUCUUGAGGCUACAGAUCAGGGUAUCAGUCCGAGGCUAUUCUCCACCGAUAAUGAAGUCUAUUGAUCCUA